AUGGAAAAACAGUCAAUUGAAGUAGAAAGUGCUCCAGAAAUUCCGGGUGAAGGCAAGCCGAGGCGUAACGCUCUUUGUCCUGAUAAAUUACUUGUUUCUCCACCCGACGCAACUACUUUAUAUGAAAAUUUUUUACAUGGAAUUAGGGAAUCUGGUGGUGGUAAUUUCUUAGGACGUCGACCUAUCGUUAAUGGUGUUGCUCAACCUUAUGUUUGGCAAACUUAUUCGGAAGUUCAAAAACGCGUUGCAAAUUUUGGUUCAGGUUUAUGUAAACUUGGCUUGAAAUCUAAAAAUAUUCUUGGAUUCUUUUCUAUUAAUACUCCUGAAUAUGUUAUCGCUGAACUUGCUUGCAACAAAUAUAAUUUUGUGCCAGUACCACUUUAUGAUACUUUGGGUGCUGAAUCACUUGAAUAUAUUAUCAAUCAAACCGGAAUGGAAUUUGUGUUUACUACUGCUAAUAAAGGUCGAACUCUUUUAGAUAUGAAAGAAACUCUACCAACUCUUAAAUAUCUUAUCAUCUCAGAUGAUACUGAUCAGGAUUUUAUAGAUUGCGCAAAUGAAUUAAAAGUUCAAGUUUUCAAAUUCGAUGUUGUAGAGAGUGAUGGCGCAACUCACAAAGCUGAGGCAAUCAAUCCUAAACCUGAAGAUAUUGCUAUCAUUUGCUAUACUAGUGGUACUACUGGAAAGCCUAAAGGUGUAAUUUUGACUCACAAGAAUAUCAUGUCUUUAGUUUGUAGUUUAAUAUUCCUUGCAAGUAAGGGAAAGAUGACAAAAAUUACUAAGAAUGAUGUACAUAUUUCGUAUUUACCACUGGCUCAUGUAUUCGAAAUAGCAAAUGAAGCUACAUUUAUUUACGCUGGUGCUGCAAUCGGGUUUUAUCAAGGUGAUACUUUGAAAUUAUUGGAUGAUAUUGCUGAAUUGAAGCCAACCAUAUUUAUUUCUGUACCAAGAUUACUUAAUAGGGUAUAUGAUAAAGUGUUUGCUUCAGUUAAAGGAAAAGGUGGUAUAGCUCAAUGGAUGUUUACAACUGCAUACAAUGCCAAGAAAGCCGGUUUAUUAAAAGGUCAGGUUGACCAUUGGUUGUGGGAUAAAUUAGUUUUUGCUAAUAUACGAGAAAGACUCGGUGGUAGAGUUAAAGCAAUUUUAUCUGGUUCUGCUCCAAUUUCUUCUGAUGUGAUGGAUUUUUUGAGGAUUUGUUUUUCAGCUGAUGUUUAUGAAGGAUAUGGUCAGACCGAAAAUGCUGCUUGUUUAACAAUUUCACUGUGUGGUGAUGUGCAAUCAGGCCAUAUCGGACCACCACAAAUAUGUUGUGAAGUUAAGUUGGUAGAUGUACCUGAUAUGAAUUAUUCAUCAAAAGAUAAACCGUAUCCACGAGGUGAAAUAUGUGUUAGAGGCCAUCCUGUAUUUAAAGAAUAUUACAAAGAACCAGAAAAAACGAAGGAAACGAUCGAUAAGGAUGGUUGGUGUCAUACUGGUGAUAUUGGAAUGUGGGAUGAAUUAGGUAGACUUAAAAUUAUUGAUCGAGUUAAAAAUAUUUUCAAACUGGCUCAGGUUGCUCAAGCAUUUGUGUAUGGUGAAUCACUUCAAGCAUCAUUAGUUGCUAUAAUUGUACCAGAUCGUGAUGUUUUAAUUCAGUGGGCCAAACAAAAUAAUUUGGAAAAUUAUUCAUACGAAGAGUUAUGCAAACUUCCACAGGUCAAGAAUCAUAUACUUCAAACUAUAGUUAAAUAUGGUAAAGCGAAUGAUUUGAAAGGAUUUGAAAAUGUAAAAAAUAUAUAUUUGACACCAGAGCAAUUUAGUAUACAAAAUGAUUUGUUAACACCCACUUUUAAACUGAAAAGGCAUCUAGCUAAAAUUAAGUUUCAAGAAGUAAUUGAAAAGUUGUAUUCUGAGAUUUCUUAA